UUGUACGCGACUACGAUUCGCAGUAUUCUGUGCCGCUCUCAUCAAAGGUGAUAGACCGAAUUCGAGCGGAAUCAGCUUUGCGUCGCUUCUCUUGCGCAGAAACACGCGGCUUCUAGCAACCUUACCGUGCUGGUAUCUCGAUAUCAUCAUAGAACACCACCCCAAAAACGGCACCGAAAACCCACAGUCGGAAGCACGAUGGCGAACUCAACGCCCGAUAUCAACUCUAUUCUCAAGAUGCUUGGCGAUGCGACACAGCGACCGGCAACCUCGACGCCUACCCAGAACCACCCUGGCGUUCCAGCUCCUGCGCCGCCGAUGCCUUCGGGGUACGCACCGCCCGGGCAGAACCCAUACCAGCCGCAACCCACUUCGUACCAACCGGCCCCCGCUUAUCCCUACCCACAGCCGGCGUCGAGUGGCAGCAUCGAUCUGAGCGCGAUCCGGCCUGUCAACUCGGGCACGGUGCAGCUCGCCGACGCAAUCGCAAAGGCAAAGGCGUACGCAACCGAGAAGGGCGUCACUCCAUAUGACCGUCAGAACGCACCAUACCCAGACCCUCGCCAGGCGGACCAGAGGCACUACCAGCGCCCGAGAUCCAAGAGCCCUCGUGGGCGGGACGCUUUCCGUGACAACCUCAACCCUUACCGCGACGAGAGGCGCGCUGAACACGGCGGCCAAGAUCGUGCCUACGCACGCGACCGCUCUUACUCCCCUGGUCGCGGUCGCCAAGGGUUCUCUCCCCGCGGUGGCCACAGCGGCGGUCGGGACCGGUCACCGUUGCGCGGCAAGGAAGACAACGUCGAGACGAUCGAGAUCGAGGCGAGUUUGGUUGGAUUGAUCAUUGGCCGCCAGGGCGAGAACCUGCGCCGUGUCGAAAGCGAGAGCCGCUGCCGGGUCCAGUUCAUCCCGCCUACUGGCCAGAACGACCAAUUCCGACUCUGCAGAAUCACCGGCCCUCGUCCGCAGCGCGAGGAGGCGAAGGAGAUGAUCAACCACAUCAUCCAGGACAGCGGCAUGCGCGGCGGCAACCCCCAGGCUGGUGGCGAUCGUGGCGGUCGUGAAGGUGGCGGCCGUGGUCCCGCCCCUCCGCCGGUUCCCAAGGAGGGCGAGGACAGCCUGCAAAUCAUGGUUCCCGAUAGGACCGUGGGCCUGAUCAUCGGGCGUGGCGGGGAGACAAUCCGCGAUCUCCAAGAGCGCAGCGGCUGCCACAUUAACAUUGUUAGCGAGAACAAGAGCGUCAACGGCCUCCGCCCGGUCAACCUCAUUGGCUCUCCGGCUGCUGCCCGACAUGCCAAGGAGCUGAUUCUUGAAAUUGUGGAUAGCGACAGCAGGAACGGAAACAACGCGGGAGCUGCACGCGGCGGCCGGCCCGACAGCUAUGGCGGCGGUGGUGGCGGCGGCGGCGGCGGUGCGCCCGACAAGGUCAACGACUCCAUCUACGUUCCCUCCGAUGCGGUCGGUAUGAUCAUCGGCAAAGGUGGUGAGACGAUUCGGGAGAUGCAAAAUAUGACUGGGUGCAAGAUCAAUGUUUCGCAGUCGUCGGGACCCGGCGAGGUGGAGCGGGAGAUCGGUCUUGUCGGCAGCCGAGACGCCAUCGCCCAGGCGAAGCGUGCUAUCGAGGACAAAGUUGAUGCAGCGAGGCAGAAGUCUGCCGGCGGCGGCGGCGGACGUGGUCGUGGCCCGCCCCGUGAUUAUGAUAGCCCCAACUAUGGCCAGCCCUCUAACACCAGCAGCGCCCCUAUGAACGCGGCCCCCGGCGGCGCGGUUCCUGCCGCUGCGGCCGGGAGCGGCGGCCAGGCUGACCCGUACGCCAUGUAUGGUGGUUACGAAAACUACAUUGCCCUGUGGUGGCAAUCCCAGCUUGCUGCCCAGCAGGGCCAGGGCCAGGGAGGUCCGCCCCAGGCCCCUGGGACCUCGUAAAGCCGCCAUGACCCCGACUCGCUGAUGCGCUUGUUGUUGACCCGCCCACUCAACUCGUUGAUGCGUCUGAUGCGUCUGAUGCGUCUUGAACUCUGCCGUCAUCACUCUGGAUGCU